CUGACACAGUCCUGCGAUCACAGCGGAGGGAUAAUCACCUGCGCUCUCUUUUUCUCGUUCUCCCUCCCAUUUCGUUUUCGGUGCUCAACAAAAGAGUGGCAUGACUUCAAGAGCCGCGGCGGACUUCGCCGCCUUGGGUUCGUGCGCCAUGACGUAAUAUGCACGCUACUUAGAUGAUAAUGAACUUCUCAUGUAUUCGUAUUUUGAAUUUGUUCUGACAUUCUGUUAAAAAUGAACCCAAAGAUAAAAACAUUGCUUUUACUUUCGCUCAGUAGUUUUUUCCUGGAUCAAGGUCUCGCACAGGUGCAUCAGUUUCACCCUCCUUCUUUGGACAUCGACAACGCUUACGUGAAUGUUCAUAGCAACGCCACUUUGCAGAUUGUGUGCAUCGGAAAGUAUCCUCUCGCAUGGAAAACGCCGGGGACGGAUAUAUUGACAUAUGGCAGCAGGUUAUCUAUCGUUCCAUCUGUAAAUAAUUCAGACAACUUUAAUAAGUAUAAAAGCACAUUAGCAUUGGAAGAAUUGGACUUCAACGACACUGGAUACUAUGUGUGUUACUAUGAGGGAACCAGUGAUAUCACUUCUCCGGAAAAUUCUACUUCAAUAUAUGUAUUUGUGAAUGAUCCUUUUCAUUUGUUUGUGGAGACUUCUGCCAUCAUCACUGGCCACCUGCUUAUCCCAGUCCAGCAGCACCGAAGGGCCAUUCUUCCUUGCCAACCCACCAGUUCAGGCUUGAAUGUCACUCUCUGGAAGACAGAGGGAGAAGAAGAAAUGGUCUCCAUGGGAACUGACGUCGAAUUCGAUCCCCGCAUCGGAUUCGUCAUCCAUUAUCCGACCAUCUUCUUUAAUGGCUUCUUCCAGUGCAGAGCCUAUUCCUUCGGAGGGAUCUACGAUUCCAUCAAUCUCACACUCUUCUAUAUGCCGGAUACCUACAAUGCACCCCAGCCGUACAUCAAUACGUCUGAGGCCUUGCAUCCUGUGGUCAACGGUACAUUCAUACUCAAGUGCAACGUGGAUGUUGAUCCAGAUACGAGGCUGUUUAUUGAUUGGAGCUAUCCAAACAAAAAUAACAGCCAAGGCCGGAUUAACGAGACUCAGCCUUUCUCCCAGUGGAAGACCACGAGGAGUUACAAGCACCAGGAAGUUUCUACGAGUCUCAUCGUGAAAAACGCCCAGACCAGCGACAGCGGGAGGUACGUUUGUACCGUGACGGACCAUUCGCAGAAGACCGGACGUGCUGAUGUUAAUAUUUACGUUUACGAUUCUCCUCAACCCUCUCAUGUCAAUCUGACUACAGACAUUGAUACUUCGCAACCUGUUGUCGCCGAGGCCGGAGAGGAUGUCAGAUUUGUUGUAACCGUGACCGCUUAUCCUUCUAGUUCGGAUCAGGUUGAGUUAUCUUGGGAGAAAGGGGGCAGAAGGCUCAGAGAAGAUAACCACUACCACGUGAAUAGGACCAACUCUACAAUAGUGCUAGAAAUCAAGCAGCUCACCAGAGCUGAUGCGGAUACGUACGUUCUGCAUGGAAGAACUAAAGACGCCAACAACAGUCUCGCUAUUCUAUUGGAAGUCAAGGAUGAACCCGUUGUCUCCAUACGAAACGUGAAACCUGUAUACAAAGUUGGAGAAGAAGUAUCCUUAGAAUGCCAUGCCGAUGGGUACCCUGCUCCUAUCGUCUGGUGGCGAUGGAAGGCUUGCGAAGGAUUCGAGGGUGAUUGCAUACCUGGAGGCUCGCGAGGGUGGGUUGAUGUGGAACCCAACGGGAAUCUUUCGAACGAGGAAAACGUGACUUUGGAGUAUUCUUACUCAAGAAGCUUCUCGCUGGUUUCCUUCAUGCAUCUCACAGCGCACCAAAGCGGCCACUACAAGUGCAUAGCGAGCAACGCGAUGGGAAAAGACGAUCAGAUUAUCCCUUUUGUUGUUUCGGAUGCCGAAGAUGGAUUUGAAGUCUCUCUAACAAGGCGAAAACCGGUCGACAGGGAUUUCGUUCAGUUGAUUUGCAAAGUGAAUACCUUCAAUUUCAGUUACAUUCAUUGGAAGUGGAGACCCAUGCAUUCCGUGGGGGAAUUAAUGUCUUUAGAUCACAUUGCAGGUGUCGAUAUCUACACUAACAGUUCCACGUACUCCCAUACAUCUGUGGUGACAUUCCACCCCAUUCGCCUGAAUUUAAGUGGAGAAUACGAAUGUGUAGCGGGAAGCUACAGAAAGAAUAUCACGGAAGUGAAGCACAUCACGAUUGACGUUAAAGAAAUCCGCCCACCUAUUCUCAACAAUACAAACAUGGCCGGCGUGUCCAUUCUGACCGCUCCGGGAUCCCUCCAGGAAUUUUUCUGCUACGUAGACGGAGUGCCCUUCCCCAGAGUAACUUGGACCAAGAAUGGAGAGGAAUUCGACGUCAGCAACAUGUCAGGAGUGGAAAUGACCGAAGAAGGCCAACGACUGACCAUACGCAGAGUGCUCGAAAGGGACGCGGGUUUCUACGAGUGCAUCAUAGAAAACAGAGGAGGAAUGGUAAAAGCCAAUUCCACCUUGGACAUCCUCAUGGACGACAAAGAUGCUCAAAACAGCUUGACUACCGGGGAGAUAGUCGCUGCAGUUGUGUUUGGGUUCGUGGCCAUCGUUUUGUUUUUAGUUGUUUUUUGCCUCAUACAGAGAAUUAUCAAAGAGAAGAAACAGAAGAAAGAACUGGACUUCAUCAGCCACAAUUUCUUCGAAAGAGGAUACAUCGACAUAUUCAAUCCGAAUUUACCUUUGGAAGAUCAAAUUGAUCUUUUGCCUUAUAAACACAACUAUGAAUUCCCAAAAGAAAGAUUAAAACUCGGUAAAACUUUAGGACAAGGAGCGUUUGGGCGAGUUGUGAAAGCUGAAGCCAUAGGAUUGGUUGACGGAGAAGCCUCCACUACAGUUGCCGUGAAAAUGCUCAAAGAGGCCGCUGAUUCAGAACAGAGGAAAGCAUUGAUUGCAGAGUUGAAAAUAUUGAUUCACAUUGGAAGACAUGUGAACAUAGUAAACCUGUUAGGAGCAGUCACAAAAAACUUAUCCAAAGGAGAACUGUACGUGAUAGUAGAAUACUGCUGUUUCGGCAAUCUAAGGCACUUUUUAUUGAAGCACAAAGGUUCGUACAUCGAUCAGUUGGACCAUCGUACGGGACAACUGGAUCCCCAGGUAUCCACUUUGCCGGGGAGUCCAUUCUCUGUCAACACCAACGAUACCAUGACCUCUUAUUCCAACAUUUUGGGCAUAGGAAUGGAUAACCCCACCUACAGGCAACAAUCUUUAAAUUAUGCUGACCUGGCUCACGAUCAAGUGACCAAUGAUUCUGGUACGGGCAUUUCUGUGUUCACCAACCCCUCCGGCAGCAGUGUCAGUGACCGAUAUCUCAGAAAUUCAGUACCUGCACACUGUCAAAGUGAAAGACUUGACACAUGGAAUGAAGAAAUGCCGAAUAAUUUUUUCAUCACAACCUGUGAUCUGUUGUGUUUCGCCUUCCAGUGUGCCAGAGGGAUGGAGUAUUUAGCAUCUCGAAAGCUUAUUCAUAGAGAUCUCGCCGCCAGAAAUGUGCUGUUGGCCAAAGACAAUGUGGUAAAAAUUUGCGACUUCGGAUUGGCCAAAGACUGCUACAAGUACUCCAACUACAUAAAGAAAACAGAUGGAUUACUGCCAAUAAAAUGGAUGGCGAUUGAAUCGAUUCGAGACAGAGUUUUUACAACGAAAAGUGACAUAUGGUCAUUUGGCAUUUUACUCUGGGAGCUAUUCACUCUAGGAAGCAAUCCGUAUCCAGGAGCAGAAAUCAACGAAGAAUUUUUCAAGAAAUUAAAGAACGGAUACAGAAUGGAAAAACCGGAAUAUGCCCCAGAGAAAGUAUAUCAACUGAUGAAGAAUUGUUGGUUGGAUGAUCCUAACGAAAGACCAGAUUUUAUCAGUUUGGCUGAGCAGAUUGGAGGACUCCUUGAGUCAAGUGUUAGAAAGUAUUAUGUAGAAUUGAACACUCCCUACCAAAUGAUGAACGAAGACUUGCUAUCAAACAACAACGACUAUCUUCAAAUGACAGGUGUCAGCAAGGAAGAGUAUACCAAUAUGGUCAACUUGUCAGAUCCGAAGCCCCUGGCAUCUGUCCCACUCAACACAUACACCAACAUCAUGUCCAUGAAUCCCUCUCCAGCAGAGGCGGUUCCCAUGAUCCGACUCGACAAUCCGGCAGUUCUGAGAGAGAGGUCUACCAAAAACCGGAAUCAUUCUUCGGAGCUAUCCUGUGAAGAAGACCUGCAGAACGUGACGGACAUAACGUAUUUGAACAUGACUAGUUCUUCCGAAAAGGAUGAGACAGAUGAUUAUGAUUCAGUCUUUCCUGAGAAGAGAGUCCAUUAUGAAAACGGUGACUACACUUCAAUACCUUUACUUAUAAAUCGCAUGCAACAGAGGGUUGUUAAGAUGCAUGAUAUAUAAUUCUGGUGGUGGUAUUUUUGUUAUUGCAUGAAAACAAUAACAGAUAUUGGAUGUCGGAUGAGAUUAUAUAUUGGAUGAUCUACCCAAGUAGCACAUGAAUCUUGAUCAGUAGAUUAAAAUAGCACAAAAUACUACGGAGAUCAUAAAAUAUUAUAAAAAUUAUGUUUAUGAAUAUUGACAGAUGUCAAAGUAGUCAUUCAGUUGUAAAAUACUAAUUCAAUAAAAACCGUUAAUUCCCCCCCCAAAACCCCCCCUACAAUAAUAUUUUUUCUUUUCCAUAACAAAUAACAUAAGAUUCAGCUACACUAGUCACAAAAGUUCAAAAGUAAAUUUGCUGUGGCCUGUUAAAUAACAGCAGCCAAUAUUAUUGAAAGUAUUGCUGAACAUCAGAAUUUGAUAUGAUCAAAAUGCUAGUGCUACUCAGGUAGAAUGUGCAGUUUUAAAUGAUGGUGAUGGAAUUUUGUUUUCAGGAAAAUGAUAUAAAUUUGUUAUAAAACUUCACUUAUACACAUUUGGAAGAAUGCAAACUUGGAUAUUAUGUUGCAUGAAGUUUAAUAGUGGUGGUAAAAUUUCUGUUACAGUCCAAAAAUGGUGAUGGAUGCUGAAUAUUUUAUUUUGAACCUCGACAAUGUAUCACAUUCAAAUAUAUCUAUCACACAUUCUGAAAAAAAAAAAAAAAAGACUGCUACAAUAAGGAAAAUUGAAAUUUUACAGAAGUGUUUGACUUUUGUUUACAUCCCAUAUCUCGAAAAAUUCUUCAUUAUUUGAAGUCUUCCAAUAAUAAAAAAAAGUACUUUUUUUCCAAACAAAUGUUAUAUAUAUAAAUAACUCACAUGAUGCUGUUGUCACAUGACUAAAGUAACUGCAUGCAUAAUCAAAAUUAUAUAUGUAUAUAAUUCACAAUUAUAUUGCUUGACACUGUGUUGCGACAGCAAGACAAUCCCCCCCCCCUAUAAGAUGUAAAACAGAUUCCAAAAAUAAAUUGUUGAAUCAGAAUUGAAAUGCACAUGAACAUUGGAAAGAAGCAUUUAUUUGAUUAUGUGCUAAAACAAAUGUAAUAAACUACAGUAAAAAUUAAAUAACAUUUUAGAUUUUAUAUAUAUUUACCUCCACCUCCACACUCUCAAAAAGAAAAGCAGAUGAGUCUUGAUAAUGACUACUUUUAUUGCUUAUUCAUAGAUAUAAGCAAUAAAAAUCAUUCAAUACAUGAUGCAUUAUCGAGGUGAUAGAACAAAUUAUUGUAAAUCUUUAUAGCACAUGCAAUAUGAUGAUAUUUUUAUUGAACUUAGGAGGCUUCCACAUGCAGGAGCAAGAAAUGAACACCCGGUGCUGAAAUCUUCAAGACUGGGGUCAUUAUGGUGUACAGUUGUUUUUUUUUCAUGUACAUAUCAACCAUUCAUUAUAAAGGCUCAAUUUCAUUAUCGUUUGUAUAUAAAUGUCAUAUGUUAAAUAUUUGAUAGAGUUGAUGUUAUAUGAGGAAGAUUUCAAACAAAAAUUAGUUUCAGACAAAUUUACUUAAUGAAUGAGAAUUAAGUAAACCAUACAUUAAAAAGCAAUUCUAAAAAAAAUGAUUUCCCAAUCUUAUAAGAAAACUUAAUAUUUAUUGAAACAAAGUUGUAAAGUGUAUUAAAAUGAUAUUUAAAUUUUGAUAUACAUAUAAUUUAACAAAAUAAGCAAAGCAAUUUUAAUCAAAUAUUCUGCAACAAUGAUAGUGUUUUAAAAUGAAGCAAACAAAAUACAUGCACUAGCUAAUUAAUAAUAAAAAAGAAAAUCCUGCUCAACAAAAGUAGAUUUGUGAUAAAAUUUUCCAAGAAUAUAUUAGUUUGUCUAUAACAUAAAAAAUUAAUAGAGAAAUUAUUCAAUUCACUUUCGAUUGACAGUAACACAAAGUCAAGACUAAGAUUAUUUUCUAACAAAACAUUUUGGUAAUAUACUCAGUACUGUCCAGUCUUGAGAGUUUGAAUUUGCAUAUAAUUUUCCCCAAUAUCAUAACUAAAUAUUUAUUUGUGUCUUUAGAAGGCAGGUUGGAGGAGCUAAAUACAAAGGAUAUAUGGCAAGUUUUGAAAUUUAAAAAAUAUUAACUUCAUAAUUUUAAAUCAUUUUUUAAGAUGAUCAAAAUGAUAGAUGCAGUCAAGGUUGCAGGCACAAUCCAUUGAAUUUUACCUUUAAAAAAUUUGCAAAAGAAUUGUAUAAUUUCAUUCAUGCAGGAAAAUAUUUUUUUAUGAAAAUAAUCUGAUUUGAUGUGUUAGAAAUGCAGGAAAAAAGUCAUCAAUCUUUGCAUUCAUAAGUCAUAUAAAUAAUAAAUUUGAUGCAUAGAAAAAAGUAAUCAUGCCUCAAUACAUAUAAAGUAAACAGAAAACUUUUUUCUUUUUAAUUUUUGAACUUAUCUAAUAUAUAUAUCAUUUAUCUAAUUAGGUAAAAUAAUAUACAUCAUUCAUCUAAGAAGUAUAAUAAAAAGUAAGGCAACUAUAAAGACAUUAUCUUUACUUGAAUAAGAAAAAAAAUAUCCAUAAUUAUACAAAAUAUAUUCUAUUCUGCAUAAUUUUCCGUAAUUGCUUUUGGUAUUAUUUCUUCCUUUUUAGUUUUAGCAUUAAAUAUAGAUAAG